CCAACGGGCCGCGUAUAAGUUACAGCGUAUGUAACAUGGCAGUUAUUUGUUUUGACGUUGGUUUUGGUAUCAUGUUGCUACAAAGAAAUACGUUUGCCAGUCAGGUGUAAGUAAUCGAGUGGCGAACUGUAAUGUGUGUGUGGGCACGCUCAUAUUUGCCACUUGCAUGUACGAGGUGCAAACAUGACGUUGUUGUUGGCGUAGUGAGACUGUAAAAGUGAAAUUACCCUGGCCCAGCUGCAACAAUAGGCAAACGUACUUAUAAUCGCUAUAACUGUUGUUGACGAAUUAACUUUCUAGCAGUAAAUAGCUUUAAAGCAAUGGUACGUGCAUAUACCACUUUGUGGUACAUGAAAGUCUUCCGGGUGAUACGUGAACAACUUCCUUAGGUUUACUAAAAUAGCUUUAAAGCAAUGGUACGUGCAUAUACCACUUUGUGGUACAUGAAAGUCUUCUAGGUGAUACGUGAAUAACUUCUUUAGGUUUACUAAUCAAUCGUUGAAAGUAAAUGAAAUAAAAAGCUAAUUGCGGGCUCUGCGCAGUAAUUUUUCGAAGUGAUGGUUAUUUUAGAACCACUGCUUUAAAGUAAGUAGUUUAGUUACCAAUAUUUACUGCAAGCACGCAGGGUUAAAAUGGAACUGGAGCUACGGCAAUUUCAUGCGUAUGAACAUGGCCUUGUAGGGAAGACAAUUUUAAACAGAUUUGUUGUUGAAAGAGUUCUCGGUAAAGGCAGUUUUGGUAUCGCAUGUGCGGCUCAUGAUAAGCAAAGGAGAAAAACAGUUGUUCUUAAAGAAACAAAUCUCGGGGCUGAAAUUCCAAAAGAAAAAGUACGAGAAGAAGCAGUUCUACUAACUUCGCUUAACCACACACAUAUCGUUCAGUUUUAUGAAUGUUUCUUUGACUGUAACUCCUUCUACAUUAUCAUUGAAUAUUGUGAGGGCGGCGAUCUUGCAACAAAAAUACGGAAAACUAAGGAUAAUAAUGAGACAAUUCCCCCGAAUCUGUUUCUAAAAUGGACAUACCAUAUGCUCAUUGCAUUAGAAUAUCUACAUUCCAAAAACGUUCUGCACAGAGACCUUAAACCAGCAAACGUGUUAUUGGUUGGUAAUGAUGCAAAACUUUGCGACUUCGGUAUAUCCAGGCAGCUACAGCAUACACAGCAAUUGGCUAUGACGUGUAACGUGGGCACUUUUACUUACACUAGCCCUGAGAUGUUCAAGGGCCUGCCCUACGGCCCGAAAAGUGAUAUUUGGUCUCUUGGUUGUGUAUUCUAUGAGCUCGUGAAACUGGAUCCGAUUACAGAAAACUUUGCAAGAGACUCUAUCUUUAAAUAUAUUAAUCAGGUUAUUUCCAAAAAAAUUCUACCAGAUCUGAAAGAAAAACGUUUUGACAAUCUUUUUAAAAAAAUGGCAGUCUUUGACGUAAAGUCAAGGCCAACUGCAUCGGAAUUGCUGCAAGAUUCUACCUUUAAACAAUACAGUGGCGGUUCAGCUGGUCCAGAGGAAUUAAAAGUCGUAGUAAAGCUAGGACGAAUUGAAGACGAAAGGGUCGGUGCAGUUUUCAUUUGGGAAUCUGAAAAUGUUGACACGCAGGCAACAACUGGGACAAACUUCAUGUGCGGUAAAACGUUUGUAAAAAAGAUUCCACCCUACGUACCUAAAAUCUUACUUGGAAGACAUCGUUUCGGGAUUAUUAAUAGAGGGCAUGACAAAGUGAAGCAAGAGUUCUUUGAGAUUCUUAAAAACUCAUUGGAAAAAGCAGAGGAAGAAGCAUACUCGGUUAUUGCAAUGUGUCUCCCUGACCUCGGGUAUCCAGUGAAUGUUGUAUCACGUUGGAUGCAAGAUGAGUUUCGUAGGUUUCGUUCUUUUCACUUGCAUCAAGUUAAUCUUGUGUUGGAUCCGGAAAAGGAAGAUUCGUUUCAGGUAAUAGACACAUGUGUUGUACGGUGAGUAUGAGGUGUAUGAAUCGACGGUGAGUAUGAGGUGUAUGAAUCGACGGUGAGUAUGAGGUGUAU